GUAGGGGAAAACCGGUGUCACGGCCAUACGUGCCAUUGGCACUCAUCGAUUGUCUUCAAAGUCCAGAGCCUUGAAAUGGCAAUCUCGUUCAAGAUAUAAAGCACGAAUGACCUGGCACUCAGACUCAUAACCUACAAACACAGAUCACCAAACAACAGCUAUGGCAUCAGAACGCGUCCUCCCUCGAGUCGUCCCUCUUCCUGUCUGGACAUCGUCACGCCUCAAUUCUCUCCUGCGAAGCGAGACGACGGAUAGCUUCAACAGGAUUUUUGACGCUACUUUCGCCCAAGACCUCGAAGUCGUCCUUAAUGGGAAGACUCUCACUCGCGACGAGUACAAGAAGGUGUUACUCGGGCAGAGUGGGGCGGGACCCUCGGCAAUCACAGACGUGCAUAUUGAGGGAGAGACGGUAGUCAACCCAAUCACUUCUGAAGAUCGAAUGGGAGGCUUCGUUGGCAUGUUCUACACACUUACGAGCAUCUCCAAACGUUUCUUUGUGCUCGGCGCACCUGCGAGGCACAAGGACGUCUCUUGUAUUAACCUGACCGUAAAGCCGGUGGUGUCUUACCCGGUCAUCCGCUUUCGUUACUUCGACCCACGGCGGGUCACCGCAGUUAACCAGAUCCUCCAGCCCAGGACUCUUACUGUCUCAUUCCCUGGGUCGGUUUUACCCUCGGACGGAACUUCCAGCUCUGGAAAGGUAGAGCUAGGACCGGGGCCUGUUAACAUCACGCAAGUGGAGGAGGAACUUAGUGUGUUGGGUAAUAAAUUUAGCACCGCGACAGUCCCUGAAGCUGAGGUUGAUGUAGAAUGAGGUAGUUGCUUCCUCAAAGAGAGAUGAUGGAAUGGCAUGUGAC